AUGCCCCCAGGUUUCGGGCCUAAUUACCCUGGCUUCCAACCCGCUCGUGGGUACCCCCAGCAGGCGCAGAUGGGGGGCAUGGCGGAUGAUCUCUAUGGCGGAGGGAAUGGGGGCGGCGGAGGGAUGUGGGGGCCGCAGAUGGGGGGAAUGCCGCCCCAGGGCGGGGGAUGGGGCCUGGGGGCGCGGAGCACAGUCAUGUGUGUGCGUGCUGCUUCCACUGCUCGCCGUUCCCUUACCCCAUCCUCCCCUCCUGUCACUCAACCACGCCUCCCACCCCUUGCCCCCUCCCCAUUCCAUUCUGCACUUCCGCAGCACCCGAAAGCCUUUCCCUGCUCUUUCCCUCUUUCUCUUGACUGCAGCCCCCCCUCCGGCCCCGCCCUAUCACCGCCUCUCCCCUCCGUCCUGCACUUCCAUACCACCUCAAAUUCCUCUCCCCGGUUUUUCCCCUCUUCUCCCUCCACUAAAGGUCCGUCCUCUCCCUCCCAGCUAGCCGGCAGCCACACGAAGCGCAGCUCAGCCUUUGUGUUUGAGGGGCGCCAAGCAGUCACACGGAGCGCAGCCUUUGUCUUUGAAGAUCUGGGCCUGCAGGUGCAGCGCAAAGGGCCCCCGUCCGGCCCCGCUCCUCCCCACUCCAUGCCGCCGCCCUCCGCCUCAAACCCUAACCUGCCUGGAAAUUUUCCUCCCGGGCAGCCGCCAAUGUGGGGCAGCAGCAUGAGCACGGGCGGUGUUAAUGGCCCGCCAACCCCGUCAACGGGCAAGCUGGUGCGCCUAGGCGAGGCGGACAGCCCGAGCGUGGCGGUGCACAUAUGCGACCGCGUUCUGCCGUACCUCGAGAGCCUGCAAGACGUCAGCGACGACGCCGGGCCCUCGCUCAACUCUCUCUCUCUCUCCACCACUCCCGCCCCAGCCCUCCAGCUGCCGUCCACGGUGCACGUGACCAAGAACGAGGGCAAUAGCGGGGCCAUCCUCUUGCCGUCCACGGUGCACGUGAUAAAGAACGAGGACAAGGGCGGCGCCAUUCUUGAGGCGGCGCAGAAGCUGGAGGCGACGCACAUCGUGCUGGCUAGCAUUCCCAACAAGCCCAUCGGCGAGUGGAAGACCAUCAACGUGUGCGCGAGGGAGGAGGUGUUGCCGCCCGGCGCGUCGCUCUAUGUGGUGCAGAGUGGCAAGAAGCUGAAAACCGUGCAGAGCAAGGAGCAGGCGCCCGCUAAGCCCGUCCCCCUUGCUGCCCUUACGCUUUACCCCCAUCCCCGUUUCCCCUAUCUCUCCCAACUCGUCCUCUCCUCCUUAUCCCACGUUUCCAACCCAUCCCAGCCCGUCCCUCCCCCAGCACGCGUGUUCCACGGCACAGCGCUCAACAAGAAGCUGCCAGACAUCCAGGAAGGGAUCUGUUUUCCUAUCUCUUGUGCUCCCUCGCGCCCCUUACCUUCUGACAUCCCAUGCCCCACUUCCCUGCGUUUCCUCUUUCCGCCCUCCCAGCCCGUCCCUCCCCCAGCGCGAGUGUUCCACGGGACAGCCCUCAACAAGAAGCUGCCAGACAUCCAGGAGGGGGGGAGCGGCGUGCAGGAGGACGGAGACGCACAGGGGGGCAGCGGGGCAGCGGACGGGGAGGGGGAAGGGGAAGGGGAAGGGGAAGCGGGAGGCAAGGAGGCCGCAGCAGAGGGGGGAGCAGAGGGGGAAGGGGCUGGGAAGGCGGAGGGCGGGGCGGUGGAGGGGGGAGGGGAGGGUGCGGGGAAGAACGAGGAGGGGCUGUCUGCUCUGGAGCUGGCUAGGCGAGCAUAUGCUGCUAAGGCCAAGGCUGCUGCUGGGGCAGGCGGUGGGGGUGGGUCUGGGGGCGCGGCAGCAGGUGGGGCAGCAGCAGGAGGAGGGGCGGCAACGGCAGGGGGGGCGGCGGGAGGGGGAGUGCCGCCCAAGGACCGGCCGAGGAAGAAGAAGCCAUCGGCUGGUGCUAAGGCCCGGCUUGAGAAGAAGAUGGCGGAGAGGGAGGGCUCCUCCGGCCGUAAAGUGCCCUCGGACAAGAAUCCGCUGACACGCCCUCUCCAAGUGGUGGAGCCCGCAGAGGGCGCGCGGAGGCAGCCGUUCAAAGAGUUCACGCUGGAGGAGCUGCAGGCCGCCAUCGAGCACUUCUGGCCCAACCACGUGUGCGGCGAGGGCAGCUACGGCGUGGUGUAUAAGGGCAUGAUUGACGGGCAGACGGUCGCUGUGAAGCAGCUCAAGAACCCCGACGUGAAGGCUGCUCUCGAUGAGAUCGACCGGGAGAUGGAGGUGCAGAAGCGCAUAGACCACCCGAAUGCGGUGCGCCUGGUGGGGUACUGCAGGGAGGACCGCUCGCUGGUCUACGAGUUCAUGGCCAACGGGUCUCUUGAGGACCGCCUGCUGUGUAUUGGGGGGGUGCCUCCCCUCCAGUGGCCUGAGCGCUGCCGCAUCGCCAUGGAGAUCGCAGCAGGCCUGCAGCACCUGCACACGCGCAAGCCGCCCAUCGUGCACCGCGAUGUGAAGCCAGCCAAUGUGCUGCUGGACGACCACUUCACCGCCAAGCUCGGCGACGUGGGGCUCGCUCGCCUCAUGGGCGACCUCGCUCCCGGCCACUCCCACGUCGUGCGGAAAUCAGUCAUUGUCGGGACCGAGCAUUAUGUCGAUCCUGAGUAUCUGUGCGCCAGGAGGGGGUAUCUUGGGCCGAAAUCGGACGUGUAUUCGUUUGGAGUGGUGCUGCUGCAGAUGCUGGUUGGGGAGGUGCCGAACCUGAAGAGGAUCGAUGCUAUGGUGGAGAAGGAGGAGUUGACAGUGGUGCUGGAUCCCAGGGCUGGUGAAUGGCCGCCGAACCUGGCACUUGAUCUCGCGAACCUGGGGCUGUGGUGCGCGGAAAUGGACCGCCGAGAUCGGCCGGAUCUGACGGAGGAGGUGAUUCCGGCGCUGAUGGAUAUUUGCGAGGCGGCGGCCGAUGCGGUGGUUGAGUGGGAGGCGAAGCAGGAGGCACAGAAGGAGAAGGAGCGGCUGGAGAAGGAGGAGAAGGAGAAGGCUGAGAAGGAGGCGAGGGCGAAGGCUGAGGAGGAGAAGAAGAAGCAGCAGGCGGAAGAGGAAGCUGCUAGGAAGGCCAAGGAGGCGGCUGUUGGGGCUGGGGCGAGCGAGGCGGCGUCGGCGGGGAAGAAAGCAGGAGCAGCGGGAGCGGUGGCAGCACCGUCGAAUGAAGCGGCGAAGGCGACAAUCACCGAAGUCAUGCAGUUGCGACCUGCUUUUCACAAGCCAAACGACGAGCAUCACUCAAAUAUCAGCCUCCGUCUCGCAGCGAGUGUCACCGCAUCCGUCGCUAGCCGUUUCAUUUUCCCGCUCACACCGCGACUCGCUGCACUGUCCGCAUCCACCGCUCUUGCCGCCGCCAUGGCCGCCGCGCUUAACCGCCGCGGCUUCUCGCUCGCGCGCACGGCGCUCCCGCAGCUCCGCGCGCUGACGACCUCCGCGCAGCGCUCCGCAGUGGGGAAGGCCGAAGCGGCAGAGGUGUCCGGCAUUCCCAAGGAGCAACUCCAGCGGAAGGUGGUUGUGUACAGUCCCGCGCGAGCCGCGUCGCAGCAGGGCAUGGGGCGGCAUGGACAGUGGAAGAUUAGAUUCGAUACCACGCAGAAGUGGGAGAACCCCCUGAUGGGGUGGACAUCAACAGCGGACCCCAUGGCAUGUGUGGCGGACUCAGCCCUCUCCUUCCACUCCAAGCAGGACGCCGUUGACUUUGUUGAACGCCACGGCUGGCACUACCAGGUCCUCGAGCCGCAGAAGCCAAUCAAGAAGCCCAAAUCAUACGCGGACAACUUUCGCUGGAAGGGUCCUCCUGCCACUGCUGCUGACAAGUAG